UGACAUUUCUCAUUCUGUCUGUCUGGCUGUGCUGUGUGUGGUUGAAUCGAAGAUAAUUGUGAUGGGGGAGUAAGGAAAGAUAUAAUUCGUAAUAAUAUAGAAAAAUGUCUCGAGCUGGCCGGGAUUAGUAUUAUGACAAUCAAAGUUUAAUAUUUUUACUGUGUGUCGGUUGCUCGUAGGAGUACUGCAGUGGCGAUGGCGACACAGCCGAGUGACUACACCGAGUUUCCGCCCGAAAUUAUCUUGAAGCCCCUCGCCUUGAUCGGGCUGUCGGGUCUAGACGCCGUCAACAACGCCGUGCACCGCGAGAUAUGGGACUCCUUCUCCAACAACCGCCGCGCAGACCGCGCCAGCGUUCGCUUCAAGUUAAUCAACAAUACCUUCGAAUUUCCCGUAGUGAAGCCCAAGAGGAACUCCUACGAAUGGUACAUACCGAAGGGCAUUCUCAAAAAGAACUGGAUUCCAAAGCGAGUGUCACUAAUUCCCGCCGUUGUAGUAAUUUUCUAUGAUAUGGAGUGGAAUGAUCCACAGUGGAACGAGAAAAUUAUAGAAUGCGCGUCUAAAGUCCAAUCUAUUCGCGCAGCUGUCGAGGGACACGCUACCCGCGUCGCCGUGGUGGUGAUCCAGAAUGGACAGUCCCCUCCCCCCUCGGAGUACAUGCUGGGGGCUGAACGGGCGCAGGCUCUCUGCUCUGCUUGUGAGAUCCAAUCCAAAUCAUUGUUUGUUCUUCCCCACAGUGAUCACUUAAUGGGUUACAUAGUAUGUUUAGAAAAUGCUUUUUAUGACAUUGCUCAAAAUUAUUAUCACCAUGAAACUAAAACUAUAAAGCAGCAUAGAGAUCACCUCAACAAGACCACACACCAGUAUUUAUUUGUGAGGCAUCAGUUCAAGCUGGGCUUCCUCAAUGAGUUAAAACAGGAUCUGAGCACAGCUCAUAAGCACUACAUGCAUGCAUAUACAAAUCUGUUGGAAACUCGCACAGUUGACACCAACACCCAUGAGGUGAGGACAGUUGCUGGGUACAUCAAUUAUAAAUUGUGCAAAUUAUUGUUUGCUCUCAACCUUCCUCGAGAUGCUAUAGCACAAUUGAAGAAUCAUAUUGAGAGGUAUAGAAACAGAAUUGGAUCUACAGAUCUUUUAUUUGAACAAUAUGCCUGGAUCGCAAGACAAUACAGUGCCUUUGGAGAAUUGUUUGAUGAAGCAAUCCGGGCUGGCCUGCCCGCCAUCCAGUCCCAGCACCCAGGAUUCUAUUACCAGCAUGCAGCACAGUUCACUGUAAAGAGGAGACAGGCAAUGAGGUCAGUGUGCAAUGAAGCCUUACAAUAUCCUCCAGGGCCUAAUCCCCUUGAAGGAACAGUGGAGUACUACGGUCAACGACCCUGGAGACCAGGCCGCCUCAGUGCAGACCCCCAUGAUCCCCAAAAGGAACAAGCUGCAGUGACCGCUCUACAAUACAAUGAAAGAAUUUUCAAUCAUUCUGCUAUGAUUAUCAGUUUUCUAGGCUGUGCUAUUUCCCAAUUCAAAACAUUCCACUCUCCUCGAAUGCGCAAACAGUUGGUGGUUGAGAUGGCUAAUGAAUAUUAUUAUUCAGCAGACUAUGGCAAGGCCCUCACUCUACUGACACACAUGUUGUGGGAUUACCGCAAGGAGAAGUGGUGGUUCCUUGCUUCUCAUGUGCUGAAUAGAGCAUUGCAGUGUGCCUAUUUGUCAGCAAAAAUACAAGACUACAUUCAACUGUCAGUAGAAGCAUUAUCAAAACACAUUCAAGUGCCAAACAAAGAUAAGGAUAGGAUAUUCAAGAAUAUCAUGGCCAUUCUCAAUUGUAAUAUUCCUGGUCCAGAACCAGACUUGCCUGCAUCAUCUCAGACCAAAGCACUUGAAGCUUGGCAAAGUGUCGUAGACAAAGAGCCUCUGUCUGUUACAGUGGACAUGUCAAAUAUUUCCAGUUUCCUUGAAGUCAAGCCAAAGUUCAAGCAGCAGCAAUAUCGGAUGGAAGAGAUGGUGGAGGUGGAGCUGUAUGUAAGGCUGGCAUUUGAGACUGUUCUUGAGUCAGUCAAAAUUUUUAUCACAGUGACAAGUCCCUCAGAAACAUUGGAGAUACCAAUAACAGUAGAUGGGAAUCACUCCAUGUCACUAGAAGGUGGCAAAGUGAAAAGGUUUCUAUGUAAAUUCAAAUCUAAUCCUCAUGAUAGUGGCUCUGAGCUUCAUAUCAAAACUGUUUCUUUCAUGUUGGAGUCUGAAAGGAGAAGGAGGAUACUUAUGAAUUUUAAAACUGAGGAUGUUAAAACAUUAGAUGCCACUGUACAUCCAGAGUUGCUACAUUUCAUACUGAGCCCUAAAGCUGAUUAUGAAUUUGAUUGUAUAGUGCCUUUGACGGUGGCUAGUCUAACGUCAAGAGAAUGUAAAUUGUCUCUAGCUAUAUCAAACUUGAGUCCAGCUCUCCAGGGGGAGUGGUUUCCCACAACUUUUACAAUCACUAAUGAAGAGGAAAGUGGAGUAUACAACAUGAAGAUAGCUCUCUCUUUAUUGAGCUCUCCUGACAACCCAAACCCUGAAACAGUCACAGAGCUGAGUCUCAAAGAAGGUGAAGCUCAGUCACAACCAAUCCAGCUGCCUAUAGGAACCAUAACCCAGGGUGCUAGUCACAGCGGUUUGUUCUAUAUGAAGACAAACAGAACCGCGACCACCACUGUUCAAAUAAAAGUGUCUUAUACCAUAAACCUCCCUGAAAUCUCCAAGUUGGAAUGUGUCAAAGACUUUACAACCAAAAUAACUGUCAUAAAACCUUUUGAAGUCCUUACUGAUUUUGUUGCUAUGAAUUUCAAGCCAAUCACAAAAUGUUUUGUUGAUGAUCCUUUUAUAGUUAUGCCUCAAAUUAAAAUUUUAAGCCCUUGGGAGUUGUUAAUAGUUAAUACGGACCUGGAAGUAGUAGAUUGCUUUAGUCAUGCUGAUGAUAAUAAGUCGUCCUGCAUCAGCAAUCUAGAAGUAGCAGAGAAGAAUGUAGCCUCCGAUGCAAUUUGCAUAAAGGCCAAGUACAAACCCAAAGACACCCCAACUAGAGUCGGUCUGUACAAUAUAACUUGGAGGCGGAAGAGUAACACCAGCCACUGUGUCAUGAGCAGCACAGCUUUGUCGGGGCUGCCAAUAGAAGAAUGUCCUAUAGCAGUAGAAGUCCAUUACCCAGAGGUCGUGGAACUCCAGACAUCAGUGGCUCUGAAGUGUACGUUGAUUGGAAAAUCCACAACCCCAGUCCGACUGAGUCUCACUGUGGAAGGCAGUGAUGCCUACAUGUUUUCUGGUUAUAAGAAACUGUCCGUAACUGUGCCUCCAAAGGAGAGAGUGGAGCUGAACUACAACAUCCACCCACUGGUAGCUGGCAACACCACUCCUCCACGGUUAAAAGCCACAGUCAUCGGAGACAAUUCUUGUCAAGAAGUAGUCAAAGAAAUGUUUGAGAAAAUCUUUCCACAGAAUAUAUUUGUUAUGCCUAAGUACAAUAAAUGAAUUGUAUCAUGUGU